AUGGGCUUCUUGACAAAGAUUUCGGUGGACAUCCUCAGUAUCCUUGCACUAGCAACCCUGGCCCUGUCUCAAUCUCCCUGUCAGAACGCAGCAACCUCACGAGCCUGCUGGGGCGAAUACAACAUCUCCACAGACUGGCACAGCGUCGUCCCAGACACAGGCGUGACUCGAGAGUACUGGCUCGUUGCGGAAAACCGCACCCUUGCGCCAGACGGCUACGUGCGGCAGGUCCUUGUCUUCAAUGGAACACUGCCUGGGCCACUGAUUGAAGCGGACUGGGGCGAUGAGCUUGUUAUCCAUGUGACGAAUGGGUUGGAUUAUAAUGGAACCGCAGUCCACUGGCAUGGGAUCUGGCAGCGAGGGACGAAUCAGUAUGAUGGCGUCCCCGGCGUAACCCAAUGCCCGAUCGCCCCCGGCCAAAGCUUCACAUACCGCUUCCGCGCAACCCAAUACGGAACCUCCUGGUACCACUCGCACUUUAGCCUGCAAAUGGCCGACGGCCUCUACGGGCCACUGGUAAUCCACGGGCCAACCACAGCAAACUACGACGUCGAUCUGGGUCCCGUGUUUAUCACAGACUGGUACCAUAAAUCGGCGUUUAUCCUUUGGGAGGAUCAUACGCGGUACGGAGGUGUACCUGUUAGGGCAAAUGCGGUUUCUCCAGGAGGGUUGAUUAAUGGGACGAAUGCUUUUCCUUGUCCUGAGGAGGUGGAUGAGGCGUGUCGGGGGACGGGGAGGCGGUCUGAAGUCGUGAUUGAAAAGGGGAAAAAGUAUCUCAUCCGCCUGAUUGAUUCGAGUGUGGACGGGUGGAUGAAGUUUUCGAUUGACGGGCAUAAACUCACCGUCGUCGCGAUGGAUUUUGUACCCAUCGUGCCGUACGAGACUGACGCGGUGAUAUUGACCUCGGGGCAGCGGUACGAUGUCAUCUUCGAAGCGGACCAGGAUAUCGACAAUUACUGGAUGCGCGCCAUCUUCCAGACAGCAUGCAACGGUCUCGAGAUCGACAACCCGGAUAUCCGCGGGAUCAUCCGAUACCAAGGCGCCGACGAAACCCUCAACCCUACAAGCACACAAUGGUCCUCGAUAACCAACACCUGCGGCGACGAGCCCUACGCCAGUCUCGUCCCAUACGUCCCCAGAACCGUCGGACGCGCCGUUGCCCAGAAAAAUCUAAACGUUGGCUGGUUCUACGAAUGGGACCUCGUCUUCCACUGGACGCUCAACAGCAAAGCGCUGACAAUCGACUGGGGCAAUCCAACCGACUACCUCAUCUACAACAACGCCUCCAUAUUCCCGACCGAGUAUAACGUCUACGAGGUCAAAGAGCCCGAUAGGUGGACGUACUGGGUUAUCCAGGAUGUAGGGCUCGUGAAUGCGUAUCAUCCGUUCCAUUUGCACGGGCACGAUUUCUAUAUCCUCGCGCAGGGACCGGGACUGUAUACGCCGUUUGUCAAGUUGAACCGGGAGAAUCCGCCCCGGCGGGAUACGGCAACGAUGGCCGGGUCCGGGUACUUGGUGAUUGCGUUUGAGAGUGAUAAUCCGGGGUCGUGGCUUAUGCAUUGUCAUAUUGCGUGGCAUGCCAGUCAGAGUCUGGCCUUGCAGUUUGUCGAGCGCGAGUCGGAGAUUGGGGCGCUGAUUGAGCCGGUUCUUGAUGAGUUUGAGGACGUCUGUGAGAAGUGGGAUGAGUACGCGCGGAACCCUGUCUAUCAUCAGGAUGAGUCGGGGAUCUAG